AGGGUUUGCCGAGUUCCAAGAUACUGCACUAUGUUGAGUCAACAAUCAUGAACAAUAAAAUGAUGGAAUUAGUUCUUCAUUUUAAAAUGUAGAGUGAGAAAAUACUUUUAAUUAAUUAACAGAUACAAGUUCAAGUUCUAUUUUUUUUUAUUGUGUUCCAUACAACAUAAAAGUAUAUAAAACAAAAUUGGUUGUGGAAAUGACGUAGAAACUGGAUAAAAUUGACACAACAUAAAAUUUCCAAGAUACUGCACUAUGUUGAGUCAACAAUCACGAACAAUAAAAUGAUGGAAUUAGUUCUUCAUUUUAAAAUGUAGAGUGAGAAAAUACUUUUCAUUAUUUAACAGAUACAAGUUCAAGUUCUAUUUUUUUUUCAUUGUGUUCCAUACAACAUAAAAGGAUAUAAAACAAAAUUGGUUGUGGAAAUGACGUAGAAACUGGAUAAAAUUGACAACAUAAAAUAUAAGAGGCAUUCAAGUACUGAGACUACAAUAAAAAUGUUCCUAUUCUGCAAAUACACCCUUAAAUUUACUUGAUUAUCUAUUGAUUAAAUAGACUGACAUAAUAAAAUAUUUACUUUAUGUCUAGGAAUGCCACCAAGGAGUAUUACGGCAAAGGGUAAACCAAGAGGGCCUCAACUGUUACGGCAAAUUGUACUCUAAUAGUGAAGGACUGCAGUGUUGUGAUAAAAGGACAUCCACUAAGGCUUACUAUCCACAGGAAGAAUCAUGCUGUGGUGGAAUGAUUUACAAAAUUUCAGAAUCACAUAGUAGGUGCUGUGGAAGUGUGGCGUAUGACAAUCAAACUGAGGUAUGCAAAAAUAAUGAAGUGAGAGACCGACACGAAUGGGAGAUGAAACCAAACAAAUGCGGUCCAUUGUACUACAAUCCAACAAACCAGUCGUGUUGUUUAAAUGAACUGAUUGGACCAGGACAAACAUGCUGUGAAAAUGGGGUGUAUGCAACACCAGGGACUCCACUGAAUGAGGGAGGUUGUUGCAAUUCUGAGGGCUUCAACCAAGACACACAUAUAUGUUGCUCGGCCAAAUUGUACCUUAAAACUUCAACAG